GGGCAAUAACAUGCCGUGACUGUUCCUCGAAUAAACUCGUUGCAGUGAUUCGAGUAUUCAACCUUGCUCCUUACACAUACUCGUGCACCUGCAGUGCAGAUCUAAGCGCCGCGAUGCCUACGAACUCGCCAUUUCCCGAUAUUCAGAUCCCCGAGGUUGACCUAUGGGGUCUGAUGUUUGAACAGCCUCGGGACUUUCCUGAUACGCAAGUCAUAUAUCGAUCUGUUGAUGGCUCUCGUCAAUACACUUGGACAGAUGUCAAAGAUGCCGCUACAGGAUUCGGAGGCGGUCUCCGUAAUCUUUGGGACUGGCAGAAGGGUGAUGUCCUGAACGUCUUUGCGCCCAACGAUAUCGACUUUGCGGCCAUUGUCUACGGUGUCUUCUAUGCUGGAGGCAUAGUGUCACCGGCCAACCCGGCAUAUUCGGCCGAUGAACUCUCCUUUCAAUUGACCAAUUCCGAGUCGAAAGCUAUUGUCACAACCAUUGAUUUCCUACCAACAGCACUGAAAGCAGCCAAGAAGUCCGGCAUACCCGAAGACCGUGUCAUUUUACUUGGUCAGGGACGAGACCCCAGCCAUAGGUGCAAGCACUGGACCAAUAUCCGCAAGACUAGUGGUUCAACAAGGUACAGACGGCGCAAGAUGCAUCCUGACAAGGACCUGGCGUUCCUGGUCUACAGCUCGGGAACAACUGGAUUGCCGAAAGGAGUCAUGCUCAGCCACCGGAAUAUCAUCUCCGACUUAUUGAUGGUCAAGUCUGCCAUGGGGAAGUGGUACUCGAGUGGCCAAGAUAAGAUCCUUGGGGUGUUGCCCUUUUACCAUAUUUAUGGGUUGACUGGGUUGGUCCAACAGCCACUUCAUCGAGGAAUUGAGCUGGUGGUGAUGCCAUCGUUCAACCUGGAAGUAUUCCUAAAGGCCAUUCAAAACCACAAGAUUACUUUCAUCUACGUUGCUCCGCCGGUGAUUGUACGGCUGUCUCGGGACAAGCUUGUAGAGCAAUACGAUCUCAGCAGUGUGAAAAUGAUCACCAGCGGUGCAGCACCACUCACCAAGGAGCUGGUCGACGCUGUGCACAAAAGAUUAAACAUUAAGAUCAACCAGGCAUAUGGUCUAAGCGAGACCAGCCCAAUGACCCAUACGCAGCCCUGGGACGAAUGGUAUACCUCCGUGGGAAGCGUCGGGAAAAUGUUCCCUAGCAUGAAGGCAAAGUAUAUAUCACCCGAUGGCGAAGAACUUGGGCCCGGCAAGACUGGAGAACUGUGGUUAUAUGGACCCAACAUCUUCAAGGGAUACUGGAAGAAUGAAGCCGCGACCAAGGAUGCGAUAACAUCGGAUGGUUAUUUCAAGACAGGAGACGUCGGCUUCCAGGACGAAAACGGCAACUUCUACAUCACAGACCGCGUCAAGGAGCUGAUCAAAUAUAAAGGAUUCCAGGUUGCGCCGGCUGAGCUAGAAGGGAAGCUAAUGGAUCAUCCUGCUAUCAACGAUGUCGCCGUCAUCGGAAUCAACGACGACCAUCAACACACCGAAGUCCCUCGAGCAUAUGUGGUGGCCCCUGCAGGCAAAACGAGCGAGAAGGAUGCGGCAGAAAUUGUCAAGUGGCUAGAUGGACAAGUGGCCAGCCACAAGAGACUUAGGGGUGGCGUGAGGUUCAUUGAUGAGAUUCCCAAAAGUGCAGCCGGCAAGAUCUUACGCCGGGUAUUGAAGGAUAAAGCAAAAGAGGAAGAAUCGAAGCUCAAAGCGAAGUUGUAGACUGUACGGGAGAAUUUUGCGCAGAAGGAAUACCUCAUACAUCGAUAGUGUAUGUCAAUGUUAC